CUCUAUGGGUCUUGUAACACGCAAUCGAGCAGCUGGAGCCCCGCCGGCUUCAGCUUGGGUGCGUCGGAGAGGACACGCGGCGUACUAGAGGAUCCUGCACUGUGCGCAGGUGUACUUUGACUCUGUUGCGUUGCAGAUUUGGCAGGGGGGGCGUUUGUUCGGAGGCAUGACGGUUGGAGACCUGGGCAGGGGGACUACUUGGCAGGACAAGAACAACAACGAAGGCUAUGCAUGCAUCGUCGGGCCAGGCACCGGCGACGAACGUGGGCAGCAACCGCCAGAGAGAUACCCCCAGGAAAUUGGGAAGAAAAUGCGCAGGAUAUUGCGCGCAGCGAGGGGAAGGCGGCGGCCGGCGGGGAGAGUGGGAGAGGUGGUGGCGUCGAGGAGGAGAAAGCUAAAAGGGGAGUGCGCCGUGGCGCCGAAGCGCCCGGCGAUCGAGGGACGGGCGGCUGUUGGCUGGGCAGAGCGGCUGCGGAGGUGCAGACGACUCCACGGUCUAUAUCCCGACGUCCUCCCGCUGCCCCUCUUUCCCUCACCCGCUCUUUCUCUUUCUCCCCCAUCUACUACUUACCCUUCUCCCACCAUGGUCCAUGCGACCGCCUGGAUACCGCUUUCUCUCGCCGCGCUCGCGCUCGCGGACCCCAUCCAUGUCCCGCUUUCCAAGAGAGCCACUGGCCGGCGCGUGAAGGACGUCAGCCGGUACCCCGCGGCCGGCGACUUUGUCAGGAGCAAGUACGGCUUCGAGACCAUGGCGAGCAAGCUCAGGAAGAGAGGCGAGACCGUGGGCACGCAGCUCACCAACCAGGUGAGCAUUGUUCCCCUACCUCGCCUGUCGGUCGUCAGGCAGGGCGCCCAUGAUUUUCCGUGUCAUGUCGAGGGACGCUGUGAAAUAGGAUCGUCAUGCACAUUGGAUGUACAGCUCGUGUGCUCUGUUCUAGGGCAUGGGCCGGGAGUUCGCCCCACCUUCAUUGCACCUUUCCGGAUGCUCGUUCAUUCCAUGGGUGCACACGUCCUGCAAUGCAAAGGGCAUCAUGCUCGAGCCAUGGCCCGGAGCAAAGGCAGGCAGGAACUGCGCAUCCAAGCGCGAACACCAACUCUAUCGGCGUGCGAUUCUAGCACAACUCUGUAUCCUGGACUCGAGUAUGCCUGGGCUGGUGGUGCCCGUUGCCUGCCCCACCGCCCUCCUUGUUGCUGCGCACUGCGCAUUCAUGUCGAAUGUAUGAUCGGAUAUGCGUGCGGAUCGCCCCGUGCGGUCACUUCCACGCUUGGCUAGCUAGGCAUGUUGUCCGGCGGCUGUUCGUUCUUCUGUGACUUGCUACGCAAUGUAG